CUUGUGUACAGUGCGGUGCUGUGUGUCGCGGCGGCGGAGCGGUGCUUCCCCGACGGCUUCAAGUUCGGCACCGCCACCGCCUCCUACCAAAUUGAGGGCGGGUGGAACGCCAGCGACAAGGGCGAGAGCAUCUGGGACCGGUUCGUGCACUCCAGGCCCGAGGCCAUCGGCGACCGGAGCAACGGCGACGUGGCCUGCGACUCCUACCACAAGUGGAGGGAUGAUAUUCAGCUGCUCGAGGACCUUAAUGUGGACUUCUACAGAUUCUCGAUAUCCUGGCCGCGGGUGCUGCCGACCGGUUUCCCGAACCGCGUGAGCGAGGACGGCGCGCGGUACUACGGCGACCUGAUCGACGGGCUGCUGGGGAAUGGCAUUGAGCCCGUGGUGACCUUAUAUCACUGGGAUCUGCCUCAACCUCUUCAGGACUUGGGAGGCUGGACCAACCCGUUGAUCUCGGAGUGGUUCGCGGACUACGCUCGUGUGAUCUACGACCUGUACGGGGAUCGCGUCAACACCUGGGUCACCUUCAACGAGCCCACAGCCAUCUGCGACAUUGGGUACAAUGACGCCCUUGCUCCGGGGCUGGAGUCCGAGGGGCGCGGGUCGUAUCUGUGCACGAAGCAUGUGUUGCUUGCGCACGCGAAGGCCUACAGGCUGUAUGAGAAAGAGUUCAAGCCUAAAUAUCAAGGGCAGGUGUCGCUGACCAACCACAUGAUGUGGUUCGAGCCUGAGACGGAAGCGGACACCGAGCUCACGGAACUCGUUAAAGCCAUUUCGAUCGAUCGGUACUGUUAUCCCAUCUUCUCUGCGACGGGGGGCUGGCCGCCGGCGCUGGAGCGCUACAUAGCACAGAAGAGCGCAGAAGAAGGCGAGCCGCGCUCCAGGCUGCCCCCCUUCACGCAGGAGGAGAUCCAGCUGAUUAGGGGAUCAUACGAUUACCUCGGUCUGAAUCACUACACGACGCGCACGGUGCGGCGCGCCGCCGCGGGCGAGGAGAUCGGUACUUAUCUAUUCGAGGGGGUGAAGGAGCUUGGCGUCACGCUGGGCGCCAGGCCGGAGUGGCCCACCACCAUGUCUACCUGGUUUACGGUGUAUCCCCCGGGUUUCCGCGCCCUGCUCUCCUACGUGAAGCAGCAAUACGGAGACGUGGGGAUCUUCAUCAUGGAGAACGGGCUGUCGGACUCCGGGACGGACCUGGACGACCAGCCCCGGGUCGACUACUAUAGGGACUACUUGGAGCAGGUGCUGCUGGCCAUGGAAGAGGACGGAGUGCAGGUGGUGGGGUACACCGCGUGGUCGCUUAUGGACAACUUCGAGUGGAUGGACGGAUACCAGUCUCGCUUCGGUCUGCACCACGUGGACUUCACGUCGCCCUCGCGCACGCGCACGGCGCGGCGCUCGGCCAAGUACUACGCGGCCGUCGCGCGCACCAAGGACAUCGACGCCAAAUACGAGUUCGACAAGAUGGCCGAGUUGUAGAUGUAGACAAAAUGG